CAAUGGGACGGACUGCGUACAAGCAUAUCCGUCGCCCGACCUGGCCCGCCGCUUCUAUCUUUGCCCCAUUUCGGCUCUCCUGAUCUGGUUCUAGGGUUUCUUCUGCUCGUUUAGGUACACGACUUCUAAGGGUUUUCGAAGUCGUCGGAGGCCUUUUUUUUGGUUAGUGUUAUGCAAAUCUGCACUCCAAAUUCGAUACCCGUAGCUUAUCUUUCAGGUUUCGGUUUCUUUACUGUCCAUCGUUGCUAUUAUGAUAUCUGUCAUGGAAGGUUUUGAGAUCGAGUCGAAAUCUAUCCUGUCCGUGGCCGCUACAGCUGAUCGCUCUUUGUUUGUGAUGGAGAAUCCGCAUGAAGGAGGUAAGUUUAGCGAUGAUGGUUGCAGUGGUGUUUCCUCUGAACCUAGGGUUUCUUCUAGGGUCGAUCUGGCAGGUAGGAUUCCAGAUCUUGAAACUAGGGCUUCUGGAUUUGUAAAGGAGGAGGAGAUGAUGGAGGCUGGCGGUGAAGAUAACGUCGUUUAUAUAGAUGGAGAUGAUAGGGUUUCUUUCGUGGAGUCAAGUAGCUGGAUGAAUGGUUUUAGAAUAGGUGACAUGGUUUGGGGCAAGGUGAAGUCCCACCCAUGGUGGCCGGGACACAUAUUCAACGUGUCCUUUGCCUCACCUUCCGUGCGAAGGAUGAGCAGGGAAGGAUUUGUCUUGGUUGCUUUCUUUGGUGACAGUAGCUACGGUUGGUUUGAUCCGGCGGAGCUCAUCCCCUUUGAGCCCCAUUUUCCUGAAAAGUCAAGGCAAACAACUUCUCGGAGCUUUGUUAAGGCUGUGGAAGAGGCUGUGGAUGAGGCUAGUCGGAGAGGUGCGCUUGCUGUGGCUUGCCGUUGCCGCAACCUUCACAAUUUCCGGCCAACUACUGUUGCUGGAUACUUUUAUGUUGAUGUUGUAGGCUAUGAACCAGGCGGUAUCUACUCCUCAAGACAAAUCAAAAAGUCAAGGGAUAGCUUAGUUCCUGUUGAGCUGCUCUCUUUCGUACAACGGUUGGCGUUAGAUGCUCCUGGAAACAAGGAUAACAGCAUUGAGUGGAUUCAGACAUUGGCACAGUUGCUGGCAUAUCGGAGGGCAGUUUUUGAGGAGUUUGAUGAGACAUAUGCCCAGGCAUUUGGUGUGGAGCCUGUGCGCCCCUCUCCCAACAGUACUGUUGCUUUUGAUCAGACUGAUAGAUUUGCACCUCGAGGGGCUCAGCUCAGCGGCCCGCUGGUGGUUGCAGAGUCCUUGGGUGAUCGAAGAAGCACGACGAGGCAGGCCCCCCACAAACCUACUAAUUCUGCCAAGAAGAACAAAUACGUGCUCAGAAGGCGCGACGAUCUCCCCACCAUCUCCGCAGCAGCCGCCGCCACCGCCGCUGCCAGCAGCUCCAUCCCGGACCUUCCUUCCUCAUCCCAACUCCUCCAUCAUGGCUUCUUCCCUUCCUUACCGGACUCAACCGGUCCGCUCGCCUCAGCCAUGGAUGCCGAUUAUGUGCUGCGGAAGAGAGAGGACCUUCCUCCGCCGUCUUAUGCGGUCACUGAUCUCCAGUCGACAACGGAGGCAGCUAUUCCCCCUGGUUAUCCGCAGAAAUCAGAACCAUUUGAAAUUAAGAACGAGGGGGGAUUAUUGUCCGAGUCCAUUGUGCAUCCUAUUCCUACGGAGAGCUCUCAGAAUGUUGUUGAUGGCCAGCAACAGAUGCCCCCUCUUCAGGCGCGUGAUGAUGGCGUUGCUAUUGUGAAGAAGGAGGUGAUGCUCAAGCGACCACGGGAGGACCUCAAUGAGAGAGGCGAGGUAAAGAAGAAGAAGAAGAAGAAGAAGUAUGGUAUUGAUGCCGACCAAUCUCCAGCUUCCUUGGAUGCAGAUCAACGCAGGUUAGUAACAGGCAGGUCGAUAGGAAUCGUUGAUCUUCUUCCCCAGGACGACGACAUCAAUAUGGAACUCCCUCCCUGGCUGGAUUUAAGUUCGCUGCAAUUCCCCCAACUCAUCAGUGACCUCUCCUCCGUCGCUCUUGAUCCAUUCUAUGCCGUCGAGCGCGAUGCUCCCGCCAUUGUUCGCCAUGUUUUUCUCCGGUUCCGCUCGCUGGUAUAUCAGAAGAGUCUUACCCUCUCUCCUUCCAUGGAAACAUCUGCUCCUUCUCAACCAUCAUCUGUAGGCAGAGAGGGGAGGGAGCAUGCAGAAUCAUCUUCCUUAUCUAAGCCAACGAAACCAGUUUCAAGAUUAGGGGAAGCAACUAAGGCCAGCCGCAAACGCGAUCCCUCUGAUCGUCAGGAGGAGUUGUGGGUGAAGAAGAUGGACAAGAUGAACCAGAUCAAACAACUCGCAAGCAAGAAGAAGAAGGCUGCUAUCAGCCAAAAGCCCCCCGAAAUGCAACAGCCCAAGGACCCAAAAGACAUCAAAUCCUCCGCAACCGCAACCGAAGCUUCCAGGAAGCAAGAGCGCCCUCCAUCUCCAAAGCUUCCAAGCCCAACUUUUCUAAUAAUGAAGUUCCCACCCAGAUCAACCCUUCCUUCCGUAUCAAAUCUGAAGGCCAGAUACGCUCGCUUUGGGCCUCUUGACCUCACAGGCACUCGCGUGUCUUGGAAAAACUACACAUGUAAGGUCCUUUUCAAGCACAAGUCCGAUGCGCAGUCGGCCUUAAACUUCGUCCAGAUCAAUGACAUCUUCGGCCAGGCUAAAGUCGCCUACUUUCUUAAAGAUCAUGAGGUUUCUGGCCCGGAACAGCCUCUCGAUCCUCAAAACAAACCCUCUGAUUCUUCCCGUCCUGAUAAGGACUCUCUGCAAUACCGCCAUGGUGGUACCAGUAUCCAAAAACCUUCUUUUUCCCAAGCGCAACAGAGCCAGAUUCAGCUGAAAUCCAUUCUGAAGAAGCCUGUUGGUGACGACUCGGGAUCCAACUCUGCGGUUGCAUCUAUUAGCAUCACAAGGGAGAGUCCGAGGGUGAAGUUCAUGCUUAAUGGCGAAGAUGAUCGCAGCAGCGAGCCGCCCCCACCACCUCUUCCAUCGAAGCUUGUCGCGAGCAGCAACAAUGGCAGCGGCCAAGCCCCUCCAAAAUCUACAGGGUUGUUCUCUCCCCCUCCAUCUCAACCCCUCCAAACCCCUUCCCGCGGAUUAGAGACGCAUCCUUAUCGCAUCCCACCACCAACUCCUGCACCUUCACAGAUGCUUCCUCCUCGUCCACCUCACCCACAGACGCUCCCUGCAACGCAACCUCGUGCCGCUCAUUUCCAUUUAAGCCGAGGGAUUUUGCCGCCAUUAGCGCCAUCUAAUGAACCAAGGGAGAAGAUGAUCGCCGAUAUCUCGGGUCAAAUGCUGAGCCUGCUGCUCAGGUGCAAUGAUAUUGUCGGCAAUGUGAAGUCGUCGCUGGGCUAUAAUCCGUUCCAUUCUCUGUAAGCCCGAAGCUGUUUUCCUCUUUGGUGAUCAGCGUCAUCAAGCUUCUAUGCUCCUGCGAGCUUGUGCUGGUGGAGGCAGGAUUUUUGGAUCAAUGGAAGCUCGUGUGUGGAUCAUGGAUCAGGAAGAUUGGUUUUUUAGGGGGAAAAUGGAGCAAAAUGAGGUUUUUAAGGGGGAAGAAAAUGGAACGGGUGGUGGGAUCUCUCUUGUGGUCUGGUUGAGGAGAUUUCUUGGUUGAGACCUUAAGUGUUGGCUGUUUUGCCCCCGUUUUAUUAAUAGAUGCGCGAAGCUGUUUGUUUAAUUGGAUGGGCUGAAUUGAUCAAAACUGGGUGGACCAAGAUCUCAUUUUUAUCCACGCGUUUAUUGUUUUUAUUUGGUUUAAAUUUCUAAAAAAAUAAAAGCUUUUGUAUUUCA